AUGCGUCCGGUUGAGUACCGGAAGAAGUGUGGAGAAAUGGAUGGUGACAGUUCUUUCUCCUCUGGCGAGACAGGGGAAAAGUUCCGUCGCCCUCACACCCCUCGGAUAUAUCUUCUGGAUGUUCGUUCUUUCUUCUUUUUCCCUGCGGUUUUCUUCGUUGUUUUUUCUUUCGUUCUCUCGUCUUCUUCCCCGAUUUUCCAUGGUGUGUCUGGACUCGUCCUUCCAGAUUUUCAGCUUUCUCCGCGGCCUCCGCCGCACCCGCCUCCGGCUUCAGUGAGAACUUCGUCUGCAGACAGCUCGUCGUCUUUUCCUUCUCGUCUCAGUUGUUUUCCUCUCCCUGGCAUCCUCACUGAAGCUGCAGUUUCUGCGUUUAACCUGCCCUCUUCUCUCUCGUCGGAUUCCUCGGCUAAACGCGACGCCCAUCCCCGGAGAGAUCCUCUCUGCAAACGUCUCCUUCCCGCUGUGGCUGUGCGUGGGUCCCCACCCCCAAGGAGAAACACGGAGCUUUCUGGCCGCGUUUCGUUGUCGAAAAGUUUUCCGUCCGUUCUCGAGUCUUUCAGUGGAAAGGCUUCUCCUCACUCUCGGAGAAAACGAAAAACACAUCCUGUUGCGGACGCGAAACUCCGAGAGAAACGAAAUGACGAGCAGGAAGGAGACAGGAGAGCUGCUCCUCCUCCCUUCUCGACUUCCGCCUCCGGUUCGUCCGUGCUGUUUUUCCUUAACUCUUCACAGAGUUCUGUCCUUCCUCUGUCUGCAGCUGCAGACACCAAACGUCCUCUUCUUUGCUCUUCUUCCGCCAUCCGCUUUUCCGCGCCUUUCUCUCCUGGCCCCCUCUCAGACGCACAGCCUCAGUCUCUGAAACCGGGAAGACAUGGGAGUGUCGGCGCUCCUCUCCUUUCGUCAAGGGCAAAACCCCCGCGCGACCAAUUGCAUGCAGCUUUGUUCUUUCGCUCUCCUCUCUCCUCUCUUCCCCCUCUUCCCUCUCUUCCCCCUCUUCCCUCUCAUCCCCCUCUUCCUCCGCUUCCUCCUCUUCCGCUCUGCUCUCCGUUCUCCUCUUCCUUCCUCGACUCGCCGUCUCUCUCGUCUGUGCAGUCCGGUCUAAGCGGUCGGACGCCUAGCGCCUCGCCUCCGUGCGUUUGCGGCUCUGCUCCGCACAGCCGCGCACGACAGGAGUUUUCUCGGUCUUCCACUGGUGUCGCAGCUGUGAACUCGCCGCCGUCGACCUUCGUUUCUGCACACUCAACCAUUCACAACGCAGCUUCGGUCAGCGAGUAUUUGCUGCGGAAACGCCUCGAGUUCAUCGAACACCCGUCCAAGUUCACGCUCAAGUUCUGUCCGACCUGCCCGGACCACAAACACCGUCGCGACAACCUGUUCAAGCUAGAAGUCUUCAAAAACAGUGGCAACUGCUACUGCCACCGCUGCGGGUGGAAGGGCUCUUUCUUCGACUUGAAAACGAAGCUCGGAGACUUAAAACCGCAAGACAUUUUCGCCGCCCUACACGCCGCCGGCGACGGAUCUCUCGGGUGUACGUACACCCCAGGGCCCUGGGCGGGAGUCCGUGGGGGCCUCAACGGAGUGGGGGGCGCCCCUCGCAGCGGCGUUCUCGGAUCUUUGGGCCAAGGCGAGUUUGCCGAUGCGAGUUCUUGGGGGUUCGACGGAUCGCCGGAGUCGUUCGCUGCCAGCCGCGGAGCCUCCUUUUCUGCAACUCGACAGACCCAGCCUGACGGCGACCGAUACACUCCUCGGUUUGAGGCGUUUGCGGAGAACCUCGAGAGAGCAGCUGCUCACCAAGACGCAGAAACCGACAGAACGCAGGCGGGGGUGAAGAAGAAGGCACAAGGCAGAAGAAAGACGGGGAAUGCGACAGACAAGUGCGGCGGCAGUGGAUCUGCGGAUAAAGAAGAGACAUGCCAAAAGAAAGACGACGAGAGAGACGGAUGCGCCACAAGCGUCCUACACUACCUCACAGAGAAGAGAGGCAUGACGCUCGAAACGCUGAGAACUUAUGGAGUCGGCUGUGUCACUUUGUAUUUCCCCCCUCUUGACGCGACAGCCAAUGGGCCGCCUCCCAAAUGGGAGCGACACAACUGCGUGACGUUUCCUUGGCACUCGUCUUCUGAGGCACCUGACAUUCCCUGUGAAGACAGAGAACUCGCUGCUUCCUUCGACAGCCAGGCGUCUUGUGGGCGGCCGCUCUCGGCUGGCCAGCGUCUGCGACGCUCGAAGGGUGUCUCGCAGCCGGGCGAGGCUUCCGAUGAAGACUGUGCUCACUCGAGAAAGGACGCUUCGUCUGCCGCGACGUUGCCAGUCGUCCGCGUGAAGGCGAGGAGCAUUUCAGAGAAAAGCUGUAUGCGGCUGCUUCCGGCUGGCGGCCAGUGGGGACUCUUCGGCGCGGCAACAGUUCCAGCCGACGCAGACACGCUGGUGCUCACGGAAGGCGAAUUCGACGCGAUGAGUGUCUUCCAGCAAACGAAAGUUCCUGCGGUCUCCGUUCCAAUGGGCGCGCAUUCCUUGCCUGUGCAGGUUCUCCCUUUUCUGGAGCGUUUCAAGAAAAUCAUUUUGUGGAUGGACGACGAUGCAGCAGGCCGCGAAGGCGCGGAGUUGUUUGCGGCGAAACUCGGAAUCGGGAGAUGUCACCUCGUUCGUAGUUCCUUGGUUUUCGACUCGCUCCUGAGGGCGCGUCCUCUCUCGCCUGAGCACUCCGCUCUCAACGAGUCAGCUGGGUGCGCGCGAACGAAGCGAAAGGCGAAGGCGGGGCGGGAGAACUGCGGAGAGAGCGAAGAGAAGAGCCGACACCCGACAAACAAGCAAACGGAGACUCUGCGUGGAAGCCGCUCUUCGCCGCCCGACAGCGCCGGAGAAGAAGACGCACCUGAAGCAGCGCGUUCCGAAGAAUCUGCGAAAACGGAUCUUCCAGACUUGAGAGGCGGACCUCCCAAGGACGCGAACGAGGCGCUCCUCAGAGGCUUCGACCUCAAACUUUUCCUGGAGUCGGCAACGCCCGUUCCCCACGCACAAAUCCUCACCUUCAGGGAUCUGAGAAACAGCGUCUUCGACGAGGUCAUGAAUCCCGGUCGCGUCAGGGGAGUGCCGAGUGUGACUUUGCCAGCGUUCACGAGAUUGCUUGGAGGCUUGCGCAGAGGAGAACUGUCGGUCUGGACCGGCGGCACAGGCAUGGGGAAGACGACCAUCUUGUCUCAACUUUCCAUUGACUUCUGUCUGCAAGGAGUGCCGACUCUCUGGGGAUCUUUCGAAGUAAACAACGUCAGACUGAUGAAGACGAUGCUCCGGCAGUUCAGUGGAGGCGAGAUCGACGGCGACCGCGCGCGCUUCGACUUUUUCGCAGACAAGUUUGCACACUUGCCUUUGUACUUCCUCAAGUUCCACGGAUCUACUCAUGUUGACGAGGUCCUCGACGCCAUGGACUACGCGUGCUACGUCCUGGACGUAGGCCAUGUUGUUCUCGACAACUUGCAGUUCAUGUUGAGUGGGCAGGCCCGAGGCCAUGAAGUUUGGGACAUGCAAAACUCUGCAAUUGAGAAGUUCAGGCGAUUCGCCACAGUCAAAAAUGUCCACAUCUCCAUCGUCGUUCACCCCAGAAAGGAGGAUGACGACGCGCCUCUUGGGUUGUCCAGUGUCUUCGGUUCGGUCAAGUCGACGCAAGAAGCAGACAACGUCAUCAUUCUUCAGCGUCGUCGCAGAACGGCGGCCCAGGCAGGCUCUGCCUCGUCGCGGACUUCUCGUCGAGGCGGCGGAGGACUGGAGAGCUCAGGAGUCCCGCCCGCCGGCGAAGGCGCACACGUGACGAAUUACUUGGAGCUGAGGAAAAAUCGGUUUUCCGGUGAACUCGGAAAUGUUCCUUACGUCUUCAACAGAAACAGCUUGACGAUCCGGGAACUCUCUCCUUCACACGUUGACCUUGAGGCGGAGGCCGCGCUCCGGGCCUCGCUGCACCCACCAGCGGUCGAAAAAACGAUUUCUCGGAACAGAAAAACGUUUCUCGACUCGGGCGACGCGUCGCUGCAUGCGGAGGCGGCCGCAGGAUUCUCGACCCUGUCCGAAAAGCUUUCGAACGCCUCGGACUCGAUUUCGUCAGGUCCCGUGAUGGCGCAUGCAUUUGACCAGCUGCAGAGACAGCGCCCUGAGGUCUCAAACGCGACGACACUCGCGAGCGUCCCAAUCUCCGAUCGCAGAGGCGGGGUGUCGGGACGAUCGUUUUCCGGAGGCUCUUCCGCGUUCCAGGUCACUUCGAGGCACUCUGCACCUCCACUUUCGUCGACGCUUCUUCACCCGCCAUCCCUUUCAACUGAGCAUUUGUCUUCUUUGACGCCCAAGACUUCUCAGGCUCCAGCUAACGCUCUGCAUGCAUCUCCGUCGACUGCCUCCGUGUCUGCACCCUCUCCCUCUUCUCCCAACUUGGUUCAUGUCCCCGCGUCCUCGCCUUCUCUCCCCGAGGGCCAGUCGUCUCCUCAGCAGCCGUUUUCGUCUCCUCAGCAACCAUCUUGGUCUCUCGAGCUCGCUGCGGAGACUUCGGUUCGUCACACUCUCAACAACGCAGCUUCUUCUCCCUCUGCUUCUCUUUCUUCUCCGUCGUCUGCGACCUCGGGAGACCGUCCAGCGGCUUGUGUGCGCCCCCACAGUUCCUUUGUCUUGUCUCCGGACUCGCCGAUGCCUCUCCUGCGAGAACUGGCGCAUGCAUUGCCGCUGACAGAGCCUGUCAAGAUGAGUGGAGCGAGCCGGACGAAGGCGGCGGUGUUUGAGGAUCUCCGGAGAAUUCUCGAAAGGCAUCCGUCGAUGAAGCGCAUUGCGGCAGCGGUGGUUGCCGACUUUGAGAGAAAGAAGAAGGACGAGGUCAGGAAACGCGCCGCGAAGAAGAACGAGAGGGCAGGUCGAGGCGGAACUGGCGCGACGGCGUCAACCGAUACGGGAGACUCUGGGAGCGGGGCGUUUCAUGGCGAAGAAGAACGAAGAAGCAGCGGCGGAGAGACGCGGUUCUCUGACAGGGGCGAUCUGUCGCGCGCGUUCGAAGACUGUCCUGAGCGAGGCCUCAACCUCGCGCAAGAGACCGAAGAAGUUCCAGCUGUCAAAUUCGUUCCUCUCGAACAUGUGUUGACUCCCGCGCCGGAGUUGAAAAGACAAGACGACGGAGAAGUAGCAGGAAACGACAGAGAAGGAACGUUUUUGCACGAGGAACCUCACGUCCACAGCGACGCCUGCCGGCUCAUGGUGGCCCAGCCGCUGGAGCCGCCGGCCGACUACAUUCGCUCGGAUUUCAUUCUGGUCGACUCUGCAUGCAAAAUGAAGCAACUCGCGCCUUUCUUGUACAGACUUCUCGAGAACGUCCACCCAGACGAUGCGCGGUAUUCCGCGGAACGCCUGCAGGACGCGCGCAUGCACAGGUCGCGCGAAGAACGGACAGGCUCUGCAGACUGCGCGUCCAGGGGAGACGCCGAGUGCGGCGCGCGCGCCGGAAGCGGCUUCCCCAGUUCCAGCGAAGGAAGGGAAGGUUCCACGGCUGCACAGACAGGCGGCGAGGCUGCGCGGCGCCAAGAUGAAAGUGGAGGCGCUGCAGGGGAUGAUGACGGAAGCGACGAACGCGAAGUCCGCCUCUCCAUGGGUGUCGAUGUGGAGACGACAGGUCUGGAUCCCUUCAGCGCGCGGAUACGGCUUCUGCAGCUGGCUUUGCCCGACUUCCCUGCUUUGCUCUUCGACCUGUUCGCCUUGCCAGUUUCCUCGCCCGCGCUUCGUCCGGUGCGGCUGCUUCUCGCCUCUCCGCGAAUCCGAAAGGUUUUCCAUAACGGACAAUUCGACCUCUGCUUCCUCGCCGCGGCCGGACUGGCCGACAGAGACGCUAAGCGGCAGGAGGUGUUCACUGAAGCGCAGGAUGCACCUGAAAGCCAAAGUCGACCCCACUUCCCCACGGCCGUCUCCGCCGACUCUCGCCUCAAGAACGCCGAGAAACAAGGACCUGCAGACGCGGCGCCUGCACGCGGCGACGGCGUGGAUGCGCCAGGCGUCUCACCACCUGAACGCGCGGGAGAAGCGCGCCGUGAGCAGGAAACAGUGCCAGGUUCUGAGGCUGGCUCAGACCAGCCGACAGCCCACGCAGGUCCUCUGCUCGACGCUGCAGUGUUGGGCGCGCGUCCGGCAGAGGUCGGCGACUUGCAGAGCGAUGGGGGAGUCUUCGUGAGUGGACCUCUCUUCGACACUUUGAUUGCCGCAAAAGUCGUGGAAGCUGGAGUCAUGAGGACCGGCUUCAAACUCCUGCAAGUCGUCGAGCGCUUCCUAGGCGUGUUGAUGGACAAACGGAUGCAGGCGAGCGACUGGAGUUCGCCUCACCUCUCUCAGGAGCAGCUUCUCUACGCCGCCAGAGACGCAGCCGUCCUGCUGCCACUUCAGCAACGCCUUCAACAGAAACUGGAAGCUUUCGAUUUGCAGGAGGUGAUGGACGUCGAGAUGAGGUGUCUGCGACCAGUUGUCGCGAUGGAGUUAAACGGCAUGCAAAUCGACCACGCACGAUGGAAAGAGUUGGAGGCGCAUUUGCGGAGAGAAGAAGAAAAGGCCCGGCAGCGUCUCGCGGCUGAACUGCACGUAGACGAAAACACAGUGAAUUUCAACUCGCAAAAACAGAUGCUGGACGCGCUCCGAGCGAUCGGGAUUCCGGCGCCUCCACCCGAUCGUCCUGAAAGUCGGACUCGCGGGUCUCGUUUCUCGUUUUCUGAGCUUCCUCUCGGCUUCGACAAGAACGCUGCAGAGGUGGAAGAUCAGUUGUUGAAGGACACAAGCGACGGAACUCUGGCGAGACUGUCGCAGUUCCCUGCAGUCCAGGCGCUGAGAGACUACCGCAAAGCAGCUAAAGCCAUCACGACAUUCGUGGACAAGCUGCCUGAGCACAUCAACUCUGUCACCGGGAAAAUCCACUGCAGUCUCCACCAGUGUGGGGCAGGGAGUGGACGCUUCAGCUGCGAUUCUCCGAACCUCCAACAAAUUCCACGGGAGCGACGCUUCCGCGCCUGCUUUGUGCCGUCAAAGACUGUGGCCGGUCGUCCUGGGAAGUUCAUAAUUGCGGACUUCUCCCAAAUUGAACUUCGAAUCGCUGCCGACCUCGCCUGCGACGAACGCAUGAUUGAAGCCUACAGAAAGGGCGAAGAUCUGCACAGACUGACGGCUUCUCUGAUUCUGAACAAACCUCCGUCGUUGCUUUCCAAAGCAGAUCGUCAACUGGCGAAAGCUGUGAAUUUUGGGCUGAUUUAUGGAAUGAGUGCGGACCGAUUCAGAGGCUACGCGUCUUCCGCGUACGGGGUCGAGAUGAGCUUGCAGGAAGCUCGUGACUUUCACGCCAAAUACUUUAGCAGCUAUCCAGGAAUAACGCGGUGGCACCGUCGGCAAAAGGCCGAACAGCCAAGAGAGACUCGCACACGCGCAGGACGGAGAGCACUUUUUGAGUAUUUCGCUUUCACGAAAUCCCUCAACUACCCCAUCCAGGGAACCUCGGCCGACAUCACAAAAGAAAGUCUGGUGCAACUGCAACACAAGCUGGCGCCGCUCGGCGGUCGGCUGGUCAUGUGCGUCCACGAUGAGAUCAUUGCGGAAGUCCCGGAAGAGAAAGCGGAAGAGGGCUUGCGAGUCCUCAUCGAUACCAUGGAGGCCGCCGGGAACAAAUAUCUUCGCUUUGUCCCGUGUGUUGCUGAAGGAGCAAUCGCCGACAGCUGGGCAGACAAGCCGUAG